GCAAAAGAGAAACGAAUAAAAUAUUUUUAUAAAAUCGUUUUGAGAAACCUUACAGAACAGGGUACUUGAUUUCAUAGAUACAAACCUGAGCUUUUCCAGUAAGCAGUGACCUGUUAUCAUAUAUGUGUGUGACUGGAUCGAACAAAUAGCGUUUAACGAUAUAUAGACGCAUAAAUAAACAUUAUGAGCGAUUCUGAUCUUUUGUUAGAAAUCUGCGUGGAUUGCCUCGAGUCCAUUAGAAAUGCUAUUGACGGAGGUGCUGGGCGCCUGGAACUAUGCAGCGCGCUAUCCGAGGGUGGAUUAACGCCGAGCACUGGAUUAGCAAAGAUAGCCAAACGCAUUUCGUCAAUUCCAAUUUUCGCUAUGAUACGCAUCCGUGGUGGAGACUUUGUUUACGAUCCUGACGAGUUGGAUGCAAUGUUGCACGACGUCGAAGCCCUAAAAAAUCUCGGGAUUAAUGGUUUUGUGUUUGGUGCUCUGACGUCUACUUCCGAGAUCGACAUAGAAUCCUGCAGAAAGAUCAUCGCCGCAGCGAAACCCUUACCAGUGACCUUCCAUCGAGCAUUCGAUGACGCGAUCAACCCUUACGAAGCUUUCGAUGAAAUUCGUAACCUCGGUUUCUCCAGACUCUUAACCUCGGGACAAGAAAAGCGUGUCGACGAGGGUGUUGACCUUAUCGCCAAAUUGGUGAAGUUAUCGAAUAACGAAGUCAUCGUGAUGCCCGGCGCUGGUCUGAACGAGAAUAAUAUUUCGAGUGUGAGGAAUAAAACUGGCGCCGAAGAGUUUCACGGCUCUGCCAAGAAGAUAAAAGCUGGCAAGGCCAAGAUUGCUGGUGACGGUGGCGCCACGGUUACUGACCCCGAGAUUGUUCGCCGUAUGGCGACUAUUUUGAAAAAGAAAUUAUGAGAUUUCUUUUUCUUGUUUUUGUAUUCUCAAGAGAUUAAUCAUUAAUAAAUAAUUUUCUAAAAGAAUUAUCCUAUAAUUAAGAUGUAAGCUCACUAUUAGCGAGUUUCAAAUUUUAUAAGUCGGAUAUGAGAUAAGAGUUUUGAAAUGGCAACAAUUUUUUUUACCAAAAUUUCAUUUAAUUAUGUCCGAUUUUUCUUUAGCAUAUACGAUUUAUUGCAUUAUUGUAAAAUGCUAAAGUGUAAUGUACUUUUCCACCACUCAACCUAAUUUUAUCUAAACUCAAUAAUUUUCUGACAUCAAAAUUAGAUAGGUAAUUAUUGACAAAACAUCAUCACUUGCGUGACGUAUUUUGCAAUGUUCGCCUUAUCUAUGACGGAGUAUAUUAUACAACACUAGCAAAGUACGUAGUCAGAAUUCUUAUCAAAGCAUUUAAUUAGCAUGUGCACAUGUGUUCUAAACAAAUGCAUCGUUGCAUUUCAG